AUGUGCCACUUUCAGGUCUCCUCACACUGCUGGUGGGUUCCAUUUUGUCAUAGGGUGCUGGCAGAUUACGGGCCUCCCAUUGCUGCUGCCAGGCCCGUAAUCUGCCAUGGGCCCCUGUACCGCCUCCUCAUGCUGCUGCCAGGUCCAGAGUGUGUCAUGGGUCCCUGUACGGCCUCCCAUUGCUGCUGUCUCCAUCGCCACACUCUGCCAUGUGCCACUUUCAGGUCUCCUCACACUGCUGGUGGGUUCCAUUUUGUCAUAGGGUGCUGGCAGAUUACGGGCCUCCCAUUGCUGCUGCCAGGCCCGUAAUCUGCCAUGGGCCCC